GAGGAGGAGGAGGUGGUGAUGAUGAAGGGCGGGUGGAGCAGAGCUGGGCUUGAGCCCUCCCGGCUCCCAUCGCCGCGCUCCGCCCCGCUCCGCCCCAGCGGCACCGGCGGAGGGCAGCGGUGGAAGAGGCGGCGGCGGCCAUGGCCGAUUACUGGAAAUCUCAGCCCAAAAAGUUCUGCGAUUACUGCAAGUGCUGGAUAGCAGACAACAGACCUAGCAUAGAGUUUCAUGAAAGAGGAAAGAAUCAUAAAGAAAAUGUGGCAAAAAGAAUUAGUGAGAUUAAAAAGAAAAGCUUGGAAAAAGCAAAAGAAGAAGAAAACAUGUCAAAAGAAUUUGCAGCAAUGGAGGAGGCUGCAAUGAAAGCAUAUCAAGAGGAUUUGAAAAGGCUUGGAAUCAAGCCAGAUGAGGUAGGUCCCAGUUCAGUGCUGAGUAAAACACUGAGUAGCACAACAGAAGAUAAAGGAAAGAAGGAAAAGAAGGAAAAGAAAGAAAAGAAAGAGAAGAAGGAAAAGAAAAAAAAGACAUCUCCGGGCGCCUCAGAGUCACCGAAAGUUGAAACGAAGGAGUGGGUGCAAGGACUUUCUCCUGAAGGCUACACUUAUUACUACAAUACAAAAACAGGAGAAUCACAGUGGGAAAAACCUAAAGGAUUCCAAGGCAACUCUAAAAAUUCGCAAACGGGAGCAGUGUGGGUAGAAGGUGUCACUGAAGAUGGUCAUACCUAUUACUAUAACACACAAACAGGAGUGUCCACGUGGGAGAAACCUGAUGGUUUUGUUUCAUCUUCAAAUGAGAACAGUAAGCGCGGCAAGCGUUCUGAAGAGGGUGCAGAAACAGGUUCCAAAGCAUCUGAAUCGGACUCCAGUGAGGAAGACAGUGAAAGUGAAGCACAAAGUCCAGGAAAAAAAUCCAAGAGGAAAGGAGAUGAUGAAUCAGAGGAAGAGAAAUCUCCCAAGGCUAAAAAGCUAAGCCCUUAUGGGACAUGGCGGGAAGUUAAUCUGGAAGAAGAGCGUGCAUCAGCUUCCAAAGAUUAUUCCAGUGACAAUCCUUAUGGAAAAUGGCAAUCAAUUAAAAAUGAGGAAGAAGAAGAAGAAUCAGGUGAAAAAGUGGACCUGGAGCUUCCUAGUACAGAGAGUGACAACGUGCCAGCUCCAGUGCUAGAGGUUCCUGAAGAUGCCCAGGUGAUAUUUACGGAGAAGACAGUUACCUCCCUUGGAGACCUGGCAGAAGGGGUGCCGACGUUUAAAAAGAGGAAAUUUGAAAAUGGGAAAUCCAGAAACUUAAGGCAAAGACUAAGCGAUCAGUAGCAAAUAAUUUUAGAUUCCAUUUAGGCUGGAGGGAAUCAAAAGUUUAAUAUUUUCAACAGGCUUUUAUAAAGAAAAUGUUGGAUAGAAAAUAAGGAUUUACAGGUAUUAAAACGUAUGUGAGUUGUACUAUUUUUUUAUUUUAUUUUGAUGUGAGUGCAUUUGGAAUGGAAGUUUGUGCUAUAUUACUUAUGCAAUACUGUAAAUAGUUUUAUGUUUUGUUUUAACCAUGCCAUCUAAGCUCAAUUAGCUCAGUGUAUGCUGUCAUUUGGUCAGGUUUUUUACCCCUUUUCUAAGUUUGGGACAAUGUGCUAAUGCUUUAUCUGCAAAAAAAUGAUACAGACCUUUUAUUUUUACACAAGAACUGGAUCAGUGGCAUGUACUAGAGAGUAAAAUCACCUCCCAAGAUAAUCUAUGUGGAGUAGUUUCCUAACUAAUGGGUAAAAGUACUGUGCUUACUAACCUCUAAUUAAUUGCUUGCAAACUAGUAGGCGAUGAGAGUUCCAACAUUUCAAGUAGAUAAACUGAAAGCUGUUUUUAGGGGAGUUAGUCACACCGGUGCUGCUCAUUUCUAAUGGUAUUCUAAAAUAAAUUAAUUGUGUACAUGCAUGAUCAGUUUGUUAGAGCUCUGCUGAAGGUUUAAACCUGAUGAAUCUGAUUUUUAAUAACAGCUCUGGAGCCACCUCUGUCAAAGUAGUAGUUUUCUGUGCUUUCUUCCUGAUGCAUUUUGCUUUAUUGUUGUUUCUUCUAGGAUUUUUCUUUUUACACAUCACGUUUUCUAUUUUUUGGUCUUGUUUCCUUUUUGUCUCUUUCCUCAUAAAAAGCAAUUACAUAACAUUGUCAUGAAAAAAUAUUCCAAAGAUCUUGCCCUGCUACAGCAUACAGCAUCCUUUUUGAGGCUGGUGGUUUUCCUCUGCUGGUAAGAGGAACGCAUUGAGUAGUGUUACCUAGGCUGGGAGGGGCUAAGCUUAUCGAAGCUUCAUCAUUCCCAGUGCUACAGGAGAGGAAAAUAAAAGAUGAGUGAGUGGAGCUGGUGGCUGAAUUGUCCAAGCUGGCUGCUCGGGCUGUUAGAAGUUGGCAGUGUAAAUGCUUAGGUGUUUUUUUUAAAGGAUUUUAAGUUAAACUUCUUAAUCUGAUGAGUUUUGUCUCCGUUUAGCAUCGUCAAGAUUCAGUGGCUGCGUUAGACGGCAGUUCUACUUUCCUGCUUCUCUAGGUAUCAAAGAAAGAGCCAAAAAGGCUGAAAUCAUGAAACCAUUGAGAAACACACCUCCAUUUCUAAAGCCCACAGCGUUUGGCUCAGGAGAGUCUUGGUCAGAAACAGAGAGCAGAGUUAAGGCAGCUGUCAGAGUCCAGCCACAGCAAAAUACAGCUGGUAACUGCUGAGCUUGAACUUCUUGGGGAAAAGACCUAAUCUGUCAGACCAGCUGGCAAAGGAGUGGGAAUCUGGUCUAUCAUACAUUACAAGGGAAGCUGAGGUCCUUUUUUUUUUCUCUCUUUAUGGUGUGACAUUUUUUUUGUGUGUAGAAGUGUUUUGGAGUGUAGGUUUUAAUCAUACAUGCUUGUUUGUUAGGGUUGUGUUUCUUCUGAUGUUUGUUUUGAAAAGUUUGAACAUUUUCUGUCAUAUCUAGCUCUGCAUGCUCAUUGAAAGCUACAGGUGACCACUGGAUGCUCUCAGAGUCCAGGAGAUGCAGGAAUACACACGUUUGUUCCACAUGAAAGACCUCAUAUGCAAGGCUAGAACAGAAGUUCCCCUUCUACCAUGGAGAGGUUGACAGGUUUCUUUUUCAUAAACACUUUAAGCACCUUCGUAAAAAAUGUGCUCUGCCAGCAGUUCUCUUCCUCCAUUCCAGUCUGAGGUUGCCUAAACUAUAUGUUAAGGCAGACUGAGACCAUGUGUGAUGCCACUAACACUUCCUUAGCAUAUUGUAAAUAAUUCUUGAUACAUCCCUAAGCCACAUUUGCCUUUUUUUACACACUGUCUGCUGCAGGUGCCCUGUGCUUUGCCAGUUCAACCAGCUCUUUCUGCUCCUUGGCCAUUGCUGACUGCUGAGUUAGCAGCUGAUUGUUCUUUCCUUUCAAUAAACUGUUUUUUAAUGAUUUUGUUUUGCCCUGCUGUACUCAUCCUCCUUCUGUUAACUCCUGAAGUAUAUUUAUUUCUUUCUGAUGUGUCUGCAAAAUGAUUUUAUUACUUACUAGUGCUCUUUUUCUGUGGGCUCCACUUUUAAUAUCCUCUGAAGAGGACGUCUUCCCCAGCUUAGUGAAGUUCCCAAAAUAUUGUCAUUUUCUCUUUAAAACGUUUUGUCAUAUCGAAAUCCCCAUAGGCAGUAAUUCCAGAUACCUGUAACUAAAUUGCUUAAGCAGAUGUUUAAAAACAUCUGAAAACAGAAGUGUUCCAGGCUCGUUUCCUCGAGGAGCUGCUGCUAAUAGUAAUGUGAACCAAAGGUCUUUGCCAAGUGCUGAGCUUUCACAGACAAACCAAAGCUAGUGUUUACCUUAGGGGAAAGAAUUAAAUGUUUUCUUUGUUCGCCACGAGUUGCGUUGGGUUAACUAAUGCUGAUGUGACUUCCCAAGCCAGGAUUUCACCAGAAGUGCAGCUCCUCUCUCCACACUGCCUCUGCAGAUCAGUUUGGAGAGAGCAGUUUGUUGCUGGCCCUCGAGUGUAAUAAGAGCCAGUUGAAACCAACGUGAUACUUAGAAAGUCACUGUUUAAUUUUGCACCGUGCUGUCAUUUGAUAUCCUUAGUGUGUGUCUAAACCAAAUGUUUUCUCUUGUGUACAAAAAUGCAGCCUUGUAUGAGAAUUAGGGCAGACCCUGGUGUUCCAGGGCAUCUGUUCUGCAGAGAUAGCUCUCCCUUCUGCCCUAUCUCCCUGCAAAAUCUUCUGCCUUUGGAAUCUGCCAUAGGAAUCCUCCAGGUAUUAGCACAGUUAUGCUCCUCAUCUGCUAAUCCUUCCUUGGGCUGCACUGACUUUUUGCAAAGGAAUGUUCCUGUUUCAGAGGAGCAGUGUUUUGUUUUCUCACAAAUCCGUUUUCUAUCACUCAGCCUGUUUUUAUCCGCUCACAUGUGGUUUUUUUUUGCAAGCACCUUGAGUUAGGGCCACAUCCUUGGCUUUAUUUGAAGUCGCUUCACUGCACUGUCUUCGUUUCCUUGCAUCACCUUUCACCAGUCUUGUCUCUUGGAAGGAGAGCUUCGCAGCCUGUCUCUGCUGUGUGCAUUUCGACAGGAGGCCUGCCUGAAGUUGGCGAUGCUUUUAGAAGCACGUAUGUUGCAUAGGCUAAAAGGGAAGGUGAUUUUUUCCUUGGCGUGUAAUUCAGCGUGACAGGAGCUGUGCAGGGAGCACCUGCUCAGUUCAACCCAGGUUAUAGAGUAAUCUUUGUUCCGAUUUAGGCCAAGCCAAAUUUUAACCCCGCACCUGGGUAUUUGUAGAAUGAAAUGGAGACUUUCCCAGCAGAGAAAAUGUUUUUUGUAGUUUGACUCUCUGCUGCUGCACCAUUGAAACCAAAUACUCGGACUGAGAGGAUGGGAGGACAAGUCCUGACAUGGAUCUGAGUUAAAUUCACUACCUGGGCACCUAUAAAAGCAUUUCUCCUUCCCCUCCCUGAAAAUAAUGUAAUUCCAGUGCAUAUUUUGGCCCCUCAGAAGGGGAGUAAAAACCCAUUUAAUGCUGCCUGGCCUCCUUGGUUUGCUUUUUUGAGUCGUGCCUCCCCUUCCUCGUACUUCUUUAUUAUUACUGGGGUCUUCCUCAAGCCAUCUUCCUCCAGUAGUCCUAGCUAUGCACAUCUCCCUCUUACCGCUGUGCCGUGCUGUGCGUACACUUUCCCUCAUCCCCGCUGAGCUCUCCAGAAGGUUUGGUCUUCUCCUGCGCAGGCCACGGUGUCUCCACCUCCCAGCCUCAGCAGGAUGCUCGCCUCGUGCCCUGGAGAAGCACAGCCCCAGCUAUUUUGGCUGGUUUUGCUCUUUUGGUUUUCUGGUUUAUUUUCUUGAAAGAGAUUUCAUUGCAUUCUUCACGGAGGGCUUGUGGCCCUUAACUCCUUGCACUUGCUGCUUCAAAAGCUGUCCGUGUCCCUUCGGCUGGCCCUUCAGUUGUGUCAGCCCCAUCUUCUCGGCCUCUUGUGUCCACCUCUCGGGUCCUCUUACCUUCUGCCUGCUCCUCAACGUGGAGAUCGUGUUAGCUGUUUGUGUGAGGAAUGAGGCUAGCUUUGGGAAAUGUUUCGGGAUAGAGCUCGAAUAAAAGUUUCUGUACAAAAUAAAUAAAUAAAAAUGUUGCAAGUAACCUGAAAGAGGAUAAAUUUGCCCAAGAGGAUUCCUGGGGAACAUCAGCAAGCACAGGUUUGGUUUUAGCUGUGCACGUAGAAGCAGAUCACGUUACAAACCAGCAGGCAGCAUCACGCAGCCCCCAUGCUAGACACCAGGUUUGGAUCCCUUGCUUUACCAAGGGUGCAGUGAGGAAGGAACCAUGGGAGCUGUUCGCAAGCAUUUGUUUUACUCUGAGUGUUGUCUGCAAAACCAAACAGCUGCUUUCCCAAACAACUUCUCAGUCGCAAGGGCAGAGUACGGCAAGCUCUUGAAGUGGAGUUCACUAUGAAAAUACCAAAUAAAGCUCUCAUUUCAACCAUC